AAGUUCAGAGUACGCGGGUUACAUUAUUUUAGAAAGAAACGUGUAACGUGAUUCUCUAUUAUUCGUGUGUGUGCGAAUAUUAUAACGUGUGCUAUAAUAGAAUAAUCAAAAAUUUAACCAGUCCAACGCCAAAAAUGAUAGAUUUACGAGAUGAAAAUGCAAAAAAUACGAUAAAUAGUGGAAAAUAUGUUAAUUUAAACAUACCAGUUACAUCACAACAAGGGUUAACACAACUUAGUCCUUAUUUAAACUUCGAUCCUGCAUAUCUUCCUCCAAGUCAACCAGAAUAUAUAUUUCCUGAAGGAGCUGCAAAACAAAGAGGAAGAUUUGAAUUAGCUUUUACUCAGAUUGGUGCAGCAUGUAUCAUAGGAGCUGGUAUUGGAGGUACAACUGGUUUUUAUAGAGGCAUUAAAGCAACAUCUUUAGCUAAUCAAACUGGCAAACUUAGAAGAACACAAUUAAUCAAUCAUGUCAUGAAAAAUGGUUCUUCAUUAGCGAAUACUUUUGGGAUAGUAUCUGUAAUGUAUAGUGGAUUUGGUGUAAUUUUGUCUUGGGCUAGAGGUACAGACGAUUCUUUAAAUACUUUAGCAGCUGCAACUGGGACAGGCAUGUUGUUCAAAUCUACAACUGGCUUAAAAAAAUGUGCAUUAGGUGGUUGUAUAGGACUAGGAAUAGCAUCUAUGUAUUGCUUGUGGAGUAACUGGGACGCCUUAUUAAAAUUGAGGCAUCGCAACAUAAAUCCAGCGUAAGACUGUAUCAAAGUGAAAUGCAAGGAACAAAAUGCGGUACAACUAGAAAUUUCCACAACCAAAUCAAUUUGUUUUGUAUAUAAAAAAAAUCAUUUUGGACAAUUCUAUAAAAUAUAAACAGUUGAACAAAAUAAGCAAAAUCAAUUUGCAAUAUAAAUAAAGGAAAUUGUGCACCAUUAUGUAUAUAUGAGUGUAUAUGUACACUUACAUGCGUUUUGUGUGAAUUAUAUUAGUAAUAAUUUCAGCAUAGUUUCUAGUUUUAAAUUUAUAUACUGAUUGGUAUAUCAACAAUACUAACAAUGUGUACAGUUUGUGACACCUGGAUUACUAAUGUAUAACACAGGUAAGGCACGAUAAUCUUAUCAAAGUUUAUCUCUCCGUUUUCAAGUAUUUUCGUGUUUCAUACCGAUUAUGCCAGUUUUAAUUUGAUGUAUACAUACUAAAAGAAAAAGGAAAAAAAAAGACAGCGGAGAAUUUAAGUGAAGAAAAAAGAAAUUGGAAAAGAGAGGGCCGAAUAUUUGUACCGUUA